CGCUCAGCCCGUCACUGAGCACCAGGAAAUGGAGGCGCUGACUCUGUGGUGAUGAGUGUGUCGCUGCAGCCGACUGACAGACAGCAGAACUGGGAGGGGGAAACUACCAGCACAGGCAUCUACAGGCUUCAGCGACAACCCUCAGCACUUCGAGGUCGGUUCAGCACACCCUAAAAAAAGAGCUAAAAGUGAAUAUUUUGACGUUUCAAGAGGCCGAGGUUUGCUUUGUGUCUCGUGCAUCAGCCGUUGGAAGAUGAGCGACCCGAACCAGCCCAAAGUUGAGCUCUUUGUGAAGGCGGGGAGCGAUGGUCAGAACAUCGGCAACUGUCCCUUCUCCCAGCGCCUGUUCAUGGUGCUGUGGCUGAAAGGAGUCACUUUCGAUGUCACCACUGUGGACAUGAAGAGGAAGCCGGACAUCUUGAAGGACCUGGCACCAGGUGCCCAGCCUCCCUUCCUGCUGUACGGCAGCGAGGUGAAAACCGACACCAACAAGAUCGAGGAGUUCCUGGAGGAUAAUCUCAGCCCUCCUAAGUAUCCCCGUCUGGCUGCUCGCAACCCAGAGUCCAACACAGCAGGCAUGGAUGUUUUCUCCAAAUUCUCCGCUUACGUCAAGAACUCAAACCCUCAGACCAAUGAAAAUUUAGAGAAAGGUCUGCUGAAGGCUCUGAAGAAGCUGGAUGACUACCUCGGUUCCCCACUUCCUGAUGAGAUCGACGAGAAUAGCGCUGAUGAAGUCACUUCCUCCUCCCGCCCCUUCCUGGACGGCCAAGAGCUUACUCUGGCUGACUGCAACUUGCUGCCUAAGCUCCACAUCGUGAAGGUGGUGUGUCUAAAGUACAGAAACUUCAGCAUCCCUCAAUCUCUGACAAACCUCUGGAGGUACCUGAACGCUGCGUACGCAAGGGAUGAGUUUGCCUCUACCUGCCCGGCGGACGAAGAGAUCCACAUUGCCUACUCUUCUGUAGCUAAAGCUCUCAAGUAGGAGGACAACAGGAUACACAAGUCACAAAUAUAAAAGCACAAAAACAACAUACACACUGACCUGCAUGCAACAUAUUUCUCUGUUUCUCAAGAGGCCAAUCUAAGGGCAUUUUUCUUCAGCUUUAAAAGUUGAUUUCACCUUUUUGCUAGGAGUCUGGUUUUCUAGCGUCAAAUAUUACUAUUAGUUUUGAUUUAGAGGAGUUUAUUCAUGUAGCUCUCCUCCUAAAAAAGUGAUUUCUGUCCACCACAGGAAUGGCAGAUGUGCACAAAUAAUGUAACUGUUGGUUAAUUUAUCCUCUUGACAAACUUGUUUAACACCCACAUAUCAUCCAAGUUUACUUCAAUUUUUGGUUACCUGUUGAUCAUGUUGCUUGCAGGCUCACACACACACACACACACACACACACACACACACACACACAUACACACAAACACACUCAAACAAUUAAGGCUAAUUUAUGCUCCCUUUAAAAACAUCCAUUUCAAAUGAUAUAGCCAUUACUGCCCACAUACUUCCAGACAUCCUUCAUGUUUUCAUGGAUCUUAAGCAGUUCCACCACUAAAGAUCACCACUCAGAGGCAAAUCAGUUUUGCAUGGACCACCCCUUAUCUUUCGCCGUCCAACUUCGAUUUAAUUCCUGUCCAAUCUCCUGCCAGCUGUUCUGUGCCAACCUUUUGUCGCAUACAUUUUUAAAACUUGUUCCCCACGACUACUAGAGGUACUGCUCUGUUGGUCCAUAUCCGUAAACACAAUAAAUGCAGAGCACGGACAGAAGGCUCCACCCUGAUGUUCACCAUGAAUAAGCAUAAAUAAGCCUUAACACAAACAUUUUCACAAAAACUACAGCCUUGCUUGUGUACAGUUUCGCCAUCAGUAGAUACACACUGUAAAGUCUAAAUGUUCCCCUCUUGAUGACGUUACAAUAUAUUCUUACUUUUUGAGGGGAACACAGAGCUGUUACUUGUAGCUUGCAAGCCUCACACAAGCUGACGCUCGCAUUUUCAAUCUUGGUGUUAAGGAAAUGGGUUUCAUUUGCAUAACAGCGUCAACUCACCUGCCAAAGUGUCUUUUGUGGUUUGUCUUUCAAUCACGGAUGCUUCACGUCGAAUUUAUUAUUUUGUUAUAGAAGGAACAAGGCCUUUUAAGAAGCCACUUCUAUUUUAAAUACUUCUUUAAGGGAUGGGGGUGCUUUUCCUUGCCCUCGUUUUAGGGAGUCAGAGCUGCAAACAGUUAUAGAGACAGGAAACUGUUUCAAUAGACUCUGGCUUCCCCUUUCUGUGCUCCCACAGCAGGCGUGAAAGGAUUAUUCAAGAUUACCAAGCUUGUAAGUGGUCCGCUGUCAGGGCCCGUUACCAACAAAUUAUUUUGUUGUGCCUGUCAUGUAUGAAGGAUCCUUUUCAGUGUCAUAUAAAAAGAGGAAGAUCACUUUGUUUGAUUGUAACAAAGAGCUGUUGUUAAUCACUCAAGUGCUAAACUGAAAGCACAUCAUCCUCCCUCCUCCAGUAGCUCAGGGCGCUAGGUCUCUUUUGUCACAGCAGGAAGUUAAAUAUAAACAGUGUUUAAAAUUAAAACAGCAGUCACAGAUUUAGAGGGUAGUCUGUUGGUAAUUAAAGGAUAAGGCUAGUGAUAUUCUAUUUCCUUCAUAUUGUCAAAAUCCAAAACCAAUAACAGGGUACUAAUGUUUUUUUAUCACACCCAUUCAGUCCUACUAAAGACAUAAAUCUUUCGUUUCAGUUUUGAACUAAUGUCACUCAAACAGGAGAUAAUUUACAGGAGAAGGACAUUUAAAAGUCAUUUAAACAGCAUUAUGAUGAGGUCGACAUUUUUUGAUUUGUGUUUGAUGUCAUUCCCUCAGCUAUCUGAAUAUUGGAUGGAUUCCCAUUAAGUUGGGGAAGGAGGUUGGUGGGAGAUGUUUAGGCUUCAUUUUCAGGAGCUGUCCUGUUGUCAAUCUUUGUAAACAGUCAAUGGGUCAAAAAUGUAAUUUGUCCUACACUUUGUGUUUGGUGCUAAAUAAUGUUAGCAUGCAAACAUGGUGAACAUAAACAUUUAGCCUGAGAACAUUUUAACAUCCUGACUAAAUGGAUGAAGGUGUGAACAUUUGACUCAAGUUGGGAGAAAAACAGGAGAAUUUUAACUCCGGAAAGAAACCUGAAUAAUUGGGAGGAUUGGAAAAUAUGCUGUAGGCUCUCUAAUGGUUUUUUGACAAUAUUGUAAGGCACAAGCUCUCGUAUGUCCGAAGUUGUUUCCGCAGGCAGCACAUAUUGGUUUUGUUGACAAUCCAAAAGGAUUAUUAAGGAUUAAUCCACUCUUGGAAGUUUGCUAGAAACUAAUGUCAAACGACUUGAUAUUGAAGAGCUGGAACCGAUAAUGACACACCUUGUUUUACUGCACCAGCUUGUUUAGUGGAUUUUAUGAACUUUAUAGCACUCUGCAAAUUAUAUUUAUAGAGGCCAAGAUAGCCUUGUUACGUGUCAUGAAGGAAAUAAAGAAAGGAAACCGAAGUGCAAUUUUAAACCCAUUGAAAAGACAACGUUGUAUACAGACUGGGAUUAUUUUAGACAUGCAGUGUGAGCACAGAUGAAUUUUAAUCGCGCAAGUUGCAACCACCAUUCCAAAAACUCUGGUAUGCUGUGGUUUACAUCACUUUGCAUGUUACAGGCAGAACAAAGACAAUGUUUUAUCAGAACAUUGAUCAUCUUAUCUUUGUACUGUGUACAUUAUGUUUAUCCACAGCGUACCAAUUAUUUUGGAAUCAGGGUUGUACCUCCUUCCUUGACGAACUGCUAGGUUGCUAAUACGAGUGUUGAUCAAUGAAAUGAUACUGUUUAUUUUACUUGACUGAAUUGUUCAUCUGUUUUCUACAAUGUUUAAAGGGAUUUCCUCUGAGUAAUUUGAUGUAUUUUAGUAUUUCUUCUCUCCAAGUGUGAAGUAAAUCUCACUUCUUACUGUAGGAAUUGAUACAGUUUCAGGGACCAUUUAACUUGAUAUAACCAUUAAAAUGCUACUUUGAUUAGUUUGUUUUUCACUUUACUGUCUUGCAUACGUUUUCUUUAUGCUUUUUCUCUGUCCUUUGCAUUUCCCUACCAAUAUUUUAGACUUUUUUUGUCUUUUUUUAUGCCAUUUGCCAUUUAGUAGUAAGCAGUUGCACUUAAAAGUCUGCAGGAUCAAAACCGUGGAUGUGGAUGUUAAAGCGGUAGAUUUAGAUCAACAAUGAGGACAAUCAAACUAAUAGCACAGCUCAAAUGUAUUUUGUACUCUUACAAAGACACAUGUAUUAAUAUCCAAAUAAAAAUAUCUUGGUAAUAAAGCAA